CGCAGAGGCGUGUCCUUCAGGUUCGCACGCUCGUAUUUAGUACAACAUUAGAGGCAAGCCUUUACUCGUCCACGGUCUCUCGCGGUGGGUGCGCGCGCGAAAAUUCACACAUCCGAGGAAGAGAAACGCGAAUAAAGGAAAGAAAAAAAAACGAGAAGUAGCUCCUGCGGCCGACAAGCCGCAACCACCGUCGCCGACCUGGCGUCUUUGAGGGAAGAGCGCGGUUCUCCGUGGAAGAUGUAACGAUUUCCGCGAGGUCUUCUCGCGAGGAAGAGAAGAGGAAAUACGGCGUCGACGGGAAGGAGGACGGAUAGGCGAGCAGCCUGCAGCGAUCGGCGGCGAUUUUCUAAUUCGAGGGGGAGGGACGCUGUCGAUCGGAAGGGAAGUUUCAUGGCGUGAGGCGUCAUCGUGCGCGGACGAACUCGCCCGUUUUCUUCGCGGAGGAGAGCCUGAGGCUCGCUAUAACAGUCAGGAUGAUUGGUGCUAUGCCAGCGGUGGCCGUCCGCCACGAGCGUAGGAGGCAAGAAAAAAGGCUAAAGCGGCCGAGUCAGCUCUAUUUGGGUGGGCAAUGGUUACCUCCCCUUCAGGGCUCGCCGCCUACCCCCAGUCCGCAUGGGCACAACAAUCUGGAGCCUUUGCCCGAGCUCUACUUAUGCGGCAAGAUAUCUGGGCUGCACGCUGUGGUGGUGUGCCUGUUGUUGGGCGCGGUGGUGCUCGUAGUCGGUCUCGUCCAACUCGUCCCGGGUGCAACGACCACCAACCACAGGUUGGCGUUACUCGUGGCAGGCACUGCCCUACUUUUACUGGGCUUUAUUUUGGCAGGCGUGAGAUGUUAUGUGUUACACUGCGUGCCGCUUCCGGUCGAGUCGCCAGUUGCGACGCCAAUUCCGCCGCCUACGAGUGAGCAGGUGCCCGCCGCACCUAAGGAUACCCUAGACCUCUUGGUAGGUCAUCAGAGCCAGCCGGAGACCGACGCUUUGAUGCAACAUCGAGAGCACCACCAUCAUCAUCAGCAUCAUCAUCACAACAAUCACAAGAAGAAACGCAGUUCUCAGGGCUCGCAUUCCGAAGAGGCCUAAAAUACAAAGGAACGAAAAGACAAAGGGUGAAAUAGGGGAGAAAGGCGGGAUAUGGAAUCUCAUUCGAAUUUGCAGCGAAAAAGAGUUCACUCUGAAGAGAGUGGUAAAAAGGGAUGCAGGCAGUGAGGAGAAAGGAAGGCCGAAGUCGAAUGAAUUUCUUCGAAAGGGAGAACACAUCGCCAUUCUUUCACAGCAUCUUCAAAUAUACGUGGAAUUUCCCAGAACGUGUAGCGCGUCCUCCGCGAGCGGGGAUAUACUGGAAGUUGGUUGAGGAGAAAUUAAUCGGCUUGACGUCGAGAAGGAGGAUGUACUGAAGGCAACGGUGAAUUACUAAUUAACGGCGUGAACGAACGAUCGGAUCUCGGGCCCCCCGAGAGGAAGCACCGACUAUCUGGGACAUCCUGUGUAUAUUCUGUACAUAUGCCAAUGUAUAGAUAUAAGAGUACAGAGUGGUUUUCUAUCGCGUUUAAAAAAAAGAAAGAGAGAAAGAGACCCGCAGGAUAUGUUUCUUCUCAUAAGAAAAAUAGAAAUAAUGUUUUAUUUAUCAGAGCUAUAAAACGAAAAGUUUAUACUACAUCGGAUACGAGAGGGUCUACGAGAUUUCGACUUUUUUGACGUUCUUUUUGUAAUAAAGGGAAACUGCUAAUCAGAUUUUGGCGAAAUAUCGGCGAAAUCCUAAUUACAUACAUUGGUAUCUAUAUAACGUAUAUUGAUACAUAUAAUAUACGACAACAUAACUAAUUUACAUUGCAAAGUAUAUCUAUAUGCCGAGGCAAGUGCACUUUUCUACCUGAUGUACCGAGGAUUCGAUAUAUCUAUAAACGACAUUCUUUUAUCACAAGACUUCUAGUAGAGAGAUUUCGUAGAAAAGACGUUCAAUUUACCGAUUGAUACAGAAUGGUUCGUUAUUGGCUAUGUUACUGAGAAGGAGUGAUGAGUUUAUUUAAAAGUAACGGUUAAAAACAAAACAAAAGAUAGAAUAAAAUUUUAAAAAAUUCCGUUCUUGAUAAUCUUGAUAAUAGAUAUUCUUUGUCAUUUGACCAAAUUUUUAAUUUUCAACAUAAAUUAUUCCACGCUAUCAAAAUACAAAAUAAAAUAAUUUAACAGCUUGAUU